AUGCAAACCGCGGGUUUAGAAAACAUCAUAUUGAUGCUGAAUCAUUUAUGUCCGACUGUCAAUGUUUCAUUAAAUCUUUUAAAAGCGCUUCACAAACUCAUUUCUUUAAUUCUUUCUUUUCUUUCCAAAUAUUAUUCUGGAGAGGUGUGCUUGGACAAAAUGUCAUCACACAAGACAUUCAGAAUCAAGCAGAAGCUUGCAAAAAAGCUGAAGCAAAAUCGUCCCAUCCCUCAAUGGAUUAGAAUGCGUACAGGCAACAAGAUCAGAUACAACGCUAAGAGACGUCAUUGGAGACGCACCAAGUUGAAGUUGUAAAUGAUGUCAGUGCAACUUAUUCCUUGUAUAUCGUUCAACAACCUGUUCAUAAAUAUUUUUUUGUGAAAAUGGUUCAAUAAACAACAAAAUUGAACGAA